UUCAUCUCUCCGGCAGUGUAUAUAAAGCUUCAGCUGCUCCCUCGCAGCCUGCAGAGCCACUGCUUCACUCUAUCAUGGCCAUGGCUUUCUGCAAACUUCUCAUUGUGCUGGUACUGAUCCACAACACUGGAGGUUCGCUUGGGGCUGAGGUGAGGAGCUCCAUCGUCGGGGGGCAGGAUGCUCCAAAGGGCAGCUGGCCGUGGAUGGUCCACCUAAACAUCACAUCUGAUGGUAUCAACAAGUGGCGCUGCGGCGGCACCAUCCUCAACAGUGAAUGGCUACUGACUGCUGCAAACUGCUUGGAUGAACAGCGUAAACCUAAUUUGGCUCGAUCAAUGGUUUGGGUUGGCUCACACAAUCUGCAAAAGGAGUCUACUCGUUACAUGGGUAUACUUUAUGUCAUACGUCACCCUGAGUACCGAGCCCUGAGCACUGGCUAUGUGAACGACAUCGCCCUGAUAAAGCUGAAGAAAAAGAUGAAAUUCUCACAGAACGUUGCCCCAGUGGGUCUGCCCAGCGUCGACGACACCUUCGGUUCAUCAUCUGAGUGUUGGAUCACUGGCUGGGGGAGCAUUGGGAAUGGUGUUCCACUGCCGGAUCCGGAAACCCUUCAGCAGCUGAAGAUUCCCAUCAUCCCUCAGAGUGUGUGCAAGGACAAUUACCCCGAGCUGAAUUCCAACAUGCUGUGUGCAGGGGACAUGGCUGGAGGGAAGGACGCCUGCAAAGGGGAUUAUGGCGGCCCGCUGGUGUGUCGUGCAGCCAGCGGCUUCGUGCAGGUGGGCAUCAUGAGUUAUGGGAGUCGUGAUGGUUGUGCUCUCCCAGGCAGCCCUGGCAUCUACACCCAAGUGUCCAAGUAUCUGAGGUUCAUCGACGACUACAUUCACCACGCCGAGGAAGCCUCCGCUGAGGUCUAACCGUCCUGACAACUCACCUUCAUAGCUUCUCUCCUGUGUUGAACUGUCACUCCAUCUUUCCUUUAUGCUAGUUGACAUGUACUCUGGUUUGUUCAACUAAACUCUUUGCAUUAAAGCUUUAAAGCAUCAA